AUGGAUGAACGAAGUCAACUAGUACCACUUAAUCUCUGUUCGCCCGCCUUUCUUCUAGAUGAGCUCAAAUCAAUAAGCAGUACUUUCUUGCAAUCCCCUCCCCAUUUACAUGCCCUUCAAACCGCUCAACAGAAUCACAUACCUGGGGAUCUCGAUCUGUCUUUGUAUUCAAGAGCCCCUGAGUGUUACAACCUUCCUCUUGGUGGAACACCCAUGCUCCUUCCUGAUUACCGGAUGCAACAUAAGACGAUCGAAGAAGAACCAAAGCCAAAUUUCAGUUAUAUUGGGCUCAUAGCGAAGGCUAUUCUGAGCUCGAAGGAUCGUAGAAUGGUGUUAUCGGAAAUCUACGAAUGGAUUCAGGUGAAUUACGCGUAUUUUCGAAGUCGAGGACCCGGAUGGAGAAAUUCCAUUCGUCACAAUCUCUCCCUGAAUGAUUGUUUCAUUAAGGUUGGGCGUUCAUCAAACGGAAAAGGGCAUUAUUGGGGAAUUCAUCCAGCUAAUGUCGAAGAUUUUCGCCGAGGUGAUUUUAGACGCCGAAGAGCUCAGAGAAAAGUUCGUCGAGCACUUGGUCUAUCCUGUCCAGGAGAUGGUGAAGAUAGUGAUUCGCCUCCGAUUUCCCCUCCACCCCAAUUUUCGUCUACACAAUCUUGUGGAUUUCCACCCCUCCCCUUGCGAUCAAUAGCCAAUACUGAUCGACGGUUUUUACUGCCUUCAAAUCCUUCCAUGGAUAUGUUUACAGCCUUACUAAACAGUUUAACAACAUCUGGAAUCCUACCUGCAAAUCAAAGUACAUUGCAUCCAUCCCAACACCAAUUGCCGCCUCACCUUCCAAAUACGCAACCACUUGAGAAGGAACGAGAAGCAGAAGAAUGUCCUAGAGGUCCAUUACAACCACGCCCAGCCUCAAAUAGUGGAAGUUUUAGUGUAGCAAGUCUGUUGGGUGUUUGA